UCCACGCUUCGCUUUCCUCCCCACUUGUCCGCUCGGCUCCCCGAGCGGAGCUCCUAUAUCUCCCCUCCCGCCAGGACGCCACCUCGCAUCCGUCCACGACGAGGUGAGCUCGAGCACGCAAGAAACCACGAGAAAGGAACCAGAGAGCGAAGAGAAGGCGGCGGCGACGAGCCGGGGUGGUUUGACGACGGCGGCGGCGAUGGUGGUGCUCAUGGAGGAGUUCCACGGCCUCACGCUGAAGCGGAAGGGAACCGACGAGCCGGAGCUGUUCGACGACGCGGGCGACGACCGCUCAUCCGGGUUCCCGCUCGCCUGCCGCGCCACCAAGAUGCGCCGCCUCGCGUGUCACGAAGACGGCGGGCCUCAACACCAGGACGCGCCGGCGGCGGGGGUGGCGGCGAUGGGGCAGCAGGAUGACGUGCCCAUGUGCGACGACGAGCCGGCGCAGGUCGGCGCCGAGGGCGAGGAGGAGGGCGCGCUGGUGCUGUACGGCGGCGGCGGCGGCCGGUUCGACGCCGCGCGGGAGAGGGGCGUGGCGCGCCUCGCCCUGCGCGGCGGCGCGGACUGGGUCCGCGCCAUGCUCCGGGAGGCCGACAGCAUGACGGUGCGGGAGUUGCUCGCCGGCGCCGCCCAGGAACAGGGCUCCGACGGCCUCGCCCUGGCCAUCGUGCCGUGGGUGCCACCGUCGCCGGCGGCGGGGGAGGAAGCGGAGCCGUCCACGGCCGCGGAGGAGGCAGACGGUGACGGCGACAGCGAGGGCGCGGCGGCGAUGGACGUCGAGGAGAGCGAGGCGCCGGCCCGUCACUGGACGUCCGGUCAGGCGUGCAGCAGCGGCGCCCCCGAGGGGUUCGUGUACCGGUGGCCGCAGCACUGCAUGGCGCCGCCGCAGAUGCCGGCGGUGGCCCAGCCGAGCCCCGUCAUGUGGUCGUGGUGAACAACAUGUAUGGUAUCAGUAGGCAGUAGAAACGUAGUAGAGCAGAACCCACGAGUAGACAGACCGAUUCCAGUUGGAGUCAGACGCCAUUGGCGAUGGCCAUGCCCAGUUCGCUGCAGAGGUCGAUCAGGAUUGGCCUAGUUGUUGCGAGAUGGACAUGUGUGUUGUGGUUCAGGGGGCUGAUUAGUGUUCAUCGCCCGCAUGUAAGACUGUAAGAGGACUACCGAUCGUUGUUUCCCGAUCAUAUCGAAUUUGUGUGCUCUGUGCAUUGCUUUUGCC